CAAUUUUCAUUCCUCAACAAACAAACAAACCCAAUUUCCAUUACUGUACCUUCAACUCUCAACAAUGGCCGCCGCCGCUGCCAACGGCAAAGUCCUCCACAAACCACCUUCCACCGCCGCCGCUCCGCCACCGCCCCUCCACCUAGAAGACCAGAAGCAUCUCGGUUCAUCUCCCUUGAAAAAAAUCAUCAUAGUCGCCUCAAUCGCCGCCGGAGUUCAAUUCGGCUGGGCCCUCCAGCUUUCUCUCCUUACCCCAUAUGUCCAACUCCUCGGUAUUCCCCACACUUGGGCUGCCUACAUCUGGCUCUGCGGUCCAAUCUCCGGUAUGCUCGUCCAACCCUUAGUCGGAUACUACAGUGAUCGCUGCACUUCCCGUUUCGGCCGCCGCCGUCCGUUUAUCGCCGUCGGAGCCUUCCUUGUCGCCAUUGCCGUCUUCCUCAUCGGCUUCGCCGCCGACAUAGGUCACAUAGCCGGAGACGAGUUAAUCACUGGGAAAAUCAAGCCGCGAGCCAUCGCCGUGUUCGUAGUCGGAUUCUGGAUACUCGACGUCGCUAACAAUACUCUCCAGGGACCCUGCCGUGCAUUCCUGGCUGACUUAUCGGGUGGAAGCGCGAGUAAGAUGAGAUCGGCAAACGCGUUUUUUUCUUUCUUCAUGGCGGUCGGGAAUAUACUUGGGUUCGCCGCCGGUAGCUACGAUGAUCUCCACCGUGUGUUCCCUUUCACGGCGACGAAGGCUUGCGAUCAUUACUGUUCGAAUCUGAAAAGCUGUUUCUUCUUAUCAAUCAUGCUCUUGGCGGUUCUAACCGUACUGGCUCUAACCAUCGUUCCCGAACCGGCGUGGUCCCCAACUGAAGACAGUGACGUGGGAAAGAACGAUAAUGAAGGAGGCACGUGUACUGUGCCGUUUUUCGGGGAAUUAUUGGGUGCUUUGAAGGAACUGCCUAGACCCAUGUGGUUUCUCCUUCUGGUGACGUGUCUGAACUGGAUUGCUUGGUUUCCUUUCCUUCUAUUUGAUACUGAUUGGAUGGGAAAGGAAGUGUACGGUGGUGAAGUUGGUGAGAGGGCUUACGCUAAGGGUGUGCACGCUGGCUCACUCGGUCUAUUACUUAACUCGGUCGUUUUGGGUGUUAUGUCUCUUGCGGUUGAGCCAUUAGGUAGGAUCCUUGGUAAUGUAAAACGGCUUUGGGGUCUUGUUAAUUUCUUACUUGCGGUUUGCCUCUCUAUGACCGUCGUGGUUACCAAGAGGGCCGAGGCCUGGCGCCGUCUUGCCAUCAGCAAUGGCGUUAACAUUUCACAGUCCACUCCUCCUGCCGGAAUCAAGGGCGGCGCUCUUGCCCUCUUCGCCGUGCUUGGAAUCCCACAAGCGGUCACAUUCAGUAUCCCAUUUGCUUUGGCCUCUAUUUUCUCUAGCUCUGCUGGUGCAGGACAAGGUCUAUCUUUGGGAGUGCUGAAUCUGGCAAUAGUCAUUCCUCAGAUGAUUGUGUCGGUGACAAGCGGGCCAUGGGACGCGCUAUUUGGUGGUGGAAACUUGCCGGCAUUUGUGGUGGGGGCAAUAGCUGCGGCCGCUAGUGGUAUCUUUGCUCUCACUUUGCUACCAUCACUUCCGGCGGAUAAUCCGGCCAACAAGAUGCCGACGAUGGGUGGUUUUCAUUAGGAGAGUUUAAGCCCGCCCUUCCUUUCCAUAUGGAAAAAGACCAAGUCUUUGACAUGACCACAACAUCAAAGGGGGAGGAAGGGAGAAUUUGAGAAGUUGUUAAUAAGAAGAACAAAAGUUAGUUGUCGUCAUCUCUCGUGUAUUAAUUAGAAGAGAAUUCGUCCAAUGACUUGGAUGUGAAUUUGACUUUUGGACAAUGAAGGUAAAUGUAUAAAUGUAAUACGUGUCUUAAUAAGCUUAUCAAUGUUUGAUGAGAUGAUUCAAUGAUCUUCUAGACCUACUAAUAAUAAUGUUCCUCUUUUUA